AUGGGUGAACUCGAGAGGCGGACUGUCAGCCUCAUCUCGACUUUAUUGCUGGUCUUUCUGUUCCUGUCUGGUGUCUUCUGGUACAGCCAUGCCCCUGCCCCAACCACAACGAAUGUCGGGACCUGGAAGCCACACGCCGGAGGCGGCCGAGGACGGCAAACGACACAAGAUCACCUUACUGGGCACUUCGACGACAUCAACGCCAACACUCCGUGGACAACGGUGCCUCGGACAUUUGGACAGAUGCGCGAACUCGAAGACCUCAGCCGCAGGGGGGACGCCGCCUGGGCCGUGCGGACGUCGACGCGAGGUGGGGGAUUCCUGACGGUGCGGUACAACGCGACGAUGACGCAAGGAUACGGGGUCAGCAUGUUCCACGCCCUGCACUGCCUGCAGAUGAUUCGCUUCGCCUUACAGGCUCACACAAACGAGGACCGGGCCGGAGACGGAGAUAUGGUGGAUCAUGCGGAUCAUCGUCAUCAUACUGGUGGAGAUGGGGCUGGAGGAGGAGGUAGGGGAAGGGGAAGCGACCGGGGGAACGGAGCGAAGGGGGCAAUAUUGACUACGAGCAUGUUGCCCAUUGCUUCAGCUAUGUUGCAGAGGUAA